GGUUAGGUGGACCGCGCGAGGAGGGAGAAGAGGACAGUGGGGCAGGCUGGUGUCGAGGUGCCAGACACGGGCAGGGAGAAGAGGGCUUGGCAGACCACGAUUGUCGAGAUGUACGCCAGGGAGAAGUUGGCCGAGUUCCAUGACGCGUGGCUUCAGUGGAUCUACGUGAAGAAGUUGCCAUUCAACGCCUUCCGUGGUCCGGAGUUCCAGAGGGUGCGACAGGCAGCACAGAGAGUGCCUUGCUCUAUCCAGUUCCGUUUUCCCUCCUUCAGGGUUACAUCGGGGGCCGAUAUCCCUUCGCAGAGGGCGAAGGUGGCGACGAUGGUGAGUGAGGAGCGCGCCACUUUUCGGCACAGCGGUGCCACUAUCCUUUCCGACGGGAGGAAGUCGUGCAGCGGCAAGCCGCUCGUGAACUUCCUGGCAGGGGGCGCCAAUGGCGCCCUGCUGUACGCCACCGUUGCACGUGAUGGGUCGGUCCGAGACACAACGGACGUCGUGUACCGUAGGUGGCGGGCCAUCAUCUUAUUCUUUCCUGCAAAGGACGUGAUCGGCUUCUGCACAGAUUCCGCCAGUUACUAUAUGGCGGCAGCGCGCAGGGGGGACAGCGAGACCGAGCGGUGUGCAGUGCGGUGGUUCGAGCAUGGACGUGCCCACCCGGAGUUGCACACCAUCGCCAUCCAUGUGAUGCACUUGUGGACGCCUGCCUCUCCAGCGGAGAGGAACUGGGCGGAGCAGGAGCUCAUCAGCACGGCGAGGCGGUGCAAGCUUGGGUUCGCCAAGCUUGCACAACUGGUUGAGAUUGCCACCAAUCUCAAACUGGCGUCGUGCGCACGGCAGGGUGGUGGCUACGUGUUGCCAUGGGUUAUGGGGAGCGGUCGGGGGGGGACAACGGCAGAGGAGGAGGAUGAGGAGGGAGAUGUGGAGCCCGAGGUGUGGGGAGCGCGACCUGAUGGCAGUGUUCCUGAGCAGGAGAUUCACCGGCAGAUUGUCGCUUUCCGUGACAGCCGACCGUCCAGAGCCCGUUCGGUUCAGGACGUGUUCGGCAGCAGAGCGACGAAGCUGCGACCGUGGCCGGAGGGUGGGGAUGUGGACGCUGCUGCGGCAGACGACGACAUCGACGACGACUGGAUUGACGUUGAUGACACGCCGCAGAGUCGCGACCCGACGGCUGAGCGAGUGUACUGCACUUACGGUGGGGGUCAUGACGGCACAGAUUCAUUCACAUCAGUUAUCACUGGUGCUGUGUCGUCGACUGCGCCGGCGAGUGGCAGCAGCAGAGCCGGCGGUGGUCAUGGAGGACGUUCGCAUGCGGAGGUUCGCGAGGACGACUCGGAGGAGCAUCAGCCACGGGGAGGUCUUUGGCACACAGGCAGGCGUUGGGAGGUUAGGAGCGACAGCGAGGCGGAGGGGGAGGCCGAGGAUGAGGAGGUUCACCUUCGCUAUCGUCGCUUCUCUCCCUCCCAUCAUCCGAUCUCUGCACAGCCCGAGGGGGAGCCACUUAGGCGUUCGGAGAGGUUGGCGUCGGCAGCAGGCAGAGACCGGACACAUGACGGCGAGGAUCGUGGGGGAAGAGGACUCCUUUCAACUACGGUAUCCGCCCCCGCUCGCCAUUUGAGUGUCGAGGGACGUCGACGUGCCUCACCGCAGGAUGUGCGCACAGACGCGGACGUUGAGCGGAGCCCUGUUGAGACUGAGGAGGAGAGGCAUGCCCGUUUGGACCGAGAGGAGGAGGAGUGGCUGAGGACUUUGCCACGGUGGGAGGGUCAGUUCGCGUAUCUCGACGAGCAGCAUCGACAGAGGGACCUGGAGACAAGAGGGGAGGGGAGUCGUGACGUCGACGACUCCGGUGUCCCUGAGGAGGCGGUUCAGGGCGAGUUCGAUUAUGAGGGGCAAGAUGCCGCCGUGGGUGUCCCUGAGGGGCAAGAUGUUGUCAUGGGCGGUGGGUCUCCUAGUGGGGGCCGUGGCGACAGCGAGACCGUGGGUGAUGAGGGACAGGGUGCCACAGCGUGCGACAGAGGAGAGGGUGGACCCGGUGGAGAUGGGGAUACCGUGGGUGCCGGUGGAGCCGAUGGACCGGACGGUGACGAUGACGACGACCACGGUCCGGAGGACGAUCCAGAUAGGCUUGCCUUGGUGUUGAGGGACCCCACAGUGCCUCCCAUGCGCCCAUACGGCACAGCGCACACUUUCUUCGACGCCGACGCUUUGGCCCAUGCGUUGAAAGAUGACCCUUUCGCACACAUGGGCCGCAAGAGCGGCAAGAGCAGGCCCCUGGGAGGGUAUAUUCACCGCCGCCGUUCACAGUGCAGAGCCCUCACUGGUCUGGUUCGUCGCUCAGCGGCGUUAGAGGGAGGGAGUCUGGUGCGAGUGAGGUGGGGUCCGGCAGACGCAGCGACGACGACAAAAUAGUGCAGGAUCGAUGCCUCCGAGGCCCGCAUGGACUCCGGAGGGCAGUGUCGACAUCGGGGACCGGACGAUGGCACCCGGAGUUGC